GCGUCGGCUCUCUCUCUCUUUCCGCUUCUUUCGUACAUCGCCGACCAUGGCCAAGGAGAAACUGAAGCCUCUACCCACCACCUCUGAUGGAGGUGAAAUCGCCGACACUCCUUCCCGAGAGAAGAAGCAUAAGAAGAAGAACAGGAAGCGAGCUGAACCUGAUCCCGAUUUACCCGCAGCGAGAGAGUCCGGUCUUGAUGAAGAUACAGAUGGAGUGCUGGUAGAUGAUGCUCAUAACGAGCCGACCAUGGGUGAUAAAUUUGAGAGUCUUAAAUUAGGCGGAGAAAAACUUAGCACUGAGGAGAGUAAUAGAGCUUCUGCUCCGAUCGAUCAUAAGCCUCCUACCGCAGCCUCUGUUAACGUUCUUCUGAGACAAGCAUUGCAUGCUGAUGACCGGUCUCUUCUACUGGAUUGCUUGUACAACCGAGAUGAACAGGUAAUUGCUAAUUCGGUUGCUAAGUUGAAUUCAGCAGACGUACUCAAGCUUCUAAAUUCCCUUCUACCGAUACUACAAUCAAGGGGUGCAAUUUUAGCUUGUACCAUUCCUUGGAUAAAGAGUCUGUUACUUACUCAUUCCAGUGGGAUUAUGUCCCAAGAGUCAUCGCUGCUCGCAUUAAACUCCAUAUAUCAGCUCAUUGAAUCACGGGUAUCAACUAUUCAUACGGCCGUUGAAGUUUCAAGCGGCUUAGACUUGAUUGUGGACGACUUGGAUGAUGAAGAAGAAGAUGGAGGUCCUGUGAUCUAUGAAGAUAAGGACAGUGAUGAAGAAGGAGGAGAAGGAUCAGAGGAAGGAAUGGAGACGGAUGACGAGGCAGACGAAUCGGCGGAUGAAGCAGCUGAUGGUGUCAAUGAUUUUGAAGGUUUUGACGACAUGAGCGAUUGAGGAGGACUCCUGAAAAUGGGAAAAGUUUUGAUUUGUGUCAGGCUGGUUGAUUGUUAGAUGUUAAGAGUGGGGUUAAAAGGUACAAUCUCACGUCUAGAUGUCUCGGCACGAACUCUGUAAUACGUAGUGGUUAUAUCGAUAUUGACGAGACUUUGUAUUGAGAACGAGUUUAUUAUGUAUUCUGAAAUGAA